AUGAAACCCAAACGGCGGCGCGCCCCUACAAAUCCACUAGAGUUGGCGAACCGUAAGACGGACGAACAGUUCAUUGCCGAUCAUCUUGGGCCUCCUGGCGUUACAAAAUCCCCCUGGGUCCUAGAAUGGUUGCAUCCCCGGACGGGGGCCAAAUAUAGCAUCGGCCUUGCACAACCCUCAAACUUGAGCGACAAUGACUUGACGGCUUGCUUCCACUUGAUUGAGGAGACGAGCCGACAGGACUACGAGAACUCGGCGGGCAAUUGGCAUCCCGAAAAUAAGCUCGCUGAGAUGCGGUCUCCCGAGCUGCGCUAUGUCUUGGUCAAAGACUGUGAUACAGCGACUGUGUGUGGCUUUACGUCGUUGAUGCCCACCUUCGAGGCUGGCCAGCCUGUUAUCUACUGCUACGAGAUUCACCUCAAGCCUGAGGUCCAGGGGACUGGGCUGGGGUCGCUGCUCAUGAGCUUUCACACAACGGUGGCAGCAAGCCUGCCGCCCGUCACCAAAGUCAUGUUGACCUGCUUCUUGUCAAACCAGCGCGGUCUGGACUUUUACAAAAAGCUCGGGUUCGAGGUAGACGACAUCUCUCCCGGGCCUAGGAAUCUGCGCUCCGGAAAGGUUUUCAAUCCAGACUAUGUUAUCAUGAGCAAGGCUGUGCGCCCGAGCAAAUAA